AUGGGGGCAAUCGAAACUCCUAAGCAUAUGCUUAGCACUUGGCUUGAAUCUUCUUUCUUUAAUACAAUGGAUGUUUGGACAUCCUUGUGUCUUGGAAUCAUCCUUAUCAGCAUUCUCACUACAUUACCCCACAUGCGCAAACCCUCUCGGAAACUUCCCCAUAUCAAUCCACGGUCAACGUUUGACAUCUUUGGCAGAAGUCAAAAACUGGACUUCCUUUUUAACGCUCGUAAAAUCCUGGAGAAAGGAAGGAAGAAAUUUCCCAGCCAACCCUACCGACUCAUGACGGACGUGGGCGAGACGGUCGUCGUGCCUCCAGAGUUCGUCCACGACAUCCGCAACGAGCCUGGGCUCAGCUUCUUGGAAGCUUUCGCGAACAACUUUCAUCCCCAUUUGCCUGGAUUCGAGGGCUUUGCUUCGGGCAGCAGACCAGACGAGCUUCUCCAAACUGUCAUCAAGAAACGCAUCACGAAGCUGUUGAAAUGGCGCGAGUACCACAUCAAGAAUGACAUUCUCGACCUGAUAUCACGCCUUUCUUCCCGUGUCUUCCUUGGAGCUGAAGUAUGCCGUAACGAAGACUGGCUCGCCAUUACAAAGUCCUACACUCUGAAUGCUUUCCUCGGCGCAAUGAUCCUACGCCCUUACCCGUAUUGGCUUCGCUCUAUAGCGCACUGGUUCAUUCCGGAGUGUAAAUCCCUCCGCCAGCAAGUAUCUGACUCUAAAAUAAUCAUCGAACCUGUACUCCAGAAACGGAGGGAUCUACGCCGAGAAGCAUUUGAAAAGGGGGAACCGGUGCCUAGCUUCAAUGACGGCAUCGAUUGGUUUGAAGAAGAGAGCAAGGGCCGCGAGUAUGACGUUGUUGGCGCCCAGUUGGGAUUGUCAGUUGUUGCGAUUCAUACCACCACGGACCUGCUUGUUGAAACCAUGUUGCGCAUUGCUGAGAACCCGGAGCUUUUUGAUCCUCUGCGAAAGGAAAUCGUUGAGGUUCUUAGCACGGAUGGCUGGAAGAAGACGGCAUUGUUCAACAUGAAGCUCAUGGAUAGCGUUUUGAAAGAAUCUCAGAGACUCAAGCCCAUCACCAGUGCCAUCAUUAACCGCGUGGCCACCCGACAAGUGACCCUACCCAACGGUCUACAGCUCCAAAAGGGCGAAAGCUGCGUAGGUGACUUGGGAAUGAUGUAUGAUCCCUCUAUAUACCCAGACCCUGAGACCUUCGACGCUUAUCGCUUCAUCAACAUGCGCGGCGACGCCAAGCUCGAUAGUCAGGCUCACCUUGUCAGCACAUCUGCCGCGCAUCUGGGAUUCGGACACGGCCAUCACGCAUGCCCGGGCCGCUUCUUUGCCAGUAACGAGCUAAAAGUGGCACUGUCGCAUCUGUUGAUGAAGUAUGAUUGGAAGCUCACUCCUGGAUACGAGCAUAAAUGGCAGGAGAUGGGGCUGACCUGGUCCUCUGAUGAGACGGCCAAAUUGCUAAUGAGGAAGAGAGAGAUGCCUGAGAUUGAUAUUGACUCGCUGCAAGGAUAA